AUGCCUUGCCUACCACGUUUCGCCAAAUACUUCUCCACCCUUCUACUACCGCUGCUGUUGCUGCUGCUCAACAACCUCACAAGAACACAGGUCAGCGGCUACGAGUUCCGCUGUCCCUCCGACUGGGAGGAGUACGGCACCAACUGCUACAAGUUUGUGCGCAAUCCACUGAAGACCUUUUCUCAGUCACUAAACCGCUGGGGCCUGGUUCGCGUUGGUGGCGCUGAGUACCACAGCUACGUUUGCAAGAUGCGUCGCCAGGAUGUCAACUUUGCCGCCGCUAUAGAGCGCAAUAUUGAUUACGGCAUUAAUGUGAUUGAUGAGAAGCAAAUCCCUCGCGGCCCUCGCUUCAUUCACGAGCCCGAGUCGGUGGUCUUUGACGUGAGUGGUCGCAGCUCGGUAAACUACGUGUCGCUGAAGUGCGUCGCUGACGGCUUUCCCACGCCCAAGUACCGGUGGUACCGCGAGGAGUACCAGGGCAACUACAUUCGCCCGUUGCUGAUUGACCCGCUCUCCGACCGCCGCUACACCCAAACCGACGGCAUCCUCACCAUCAACGGGCCCACCACGGAGAAGGACCGCGGCAAGUACCACUGCAUGGCCUCGAACAUGUACGGCACCGUUAUCUCCAAGACGGUCCAACUUACCUUCGGCUACAUCGGCGAGUUCACCAAGAAGCGCUCGCCUGAGUACGGCCGCGAAUUCUGGGGCAAGUCCAUCAGCUGCGACCCGCCGAAGAACCACCCCGGCGUCAACUACCACUGGUCGCGGGACUCCUUUCAGUACAUCAUCGAGGACGACCGGCGGAUUUUCAUCUCGCGCGACGGCAACCUCUACUUUUCCUCGCUAGAGAAGAUCGACCGGGCGAACUACUCCUGCAACGUCAAGUCCUCCAUUGCCUCCUCCGGUCGGACGGGGCCCUUCUUCACCUUGGUCGUCGAGUCGGCGUCCAGCUCACAGAAACUGCUUUUUCCGAACCACUUCCCGAAGAUCUUCCCCGACAUAAAGCUGGCCGGCUCUGAGAUUCGGCUGGAGUGCAUGGCCUACGGCUACCCGGUGCCGUACUACAACUGGAGCCGCACGGGCAUCACCGACCGCAUGCCCGAGGGCUCCUACCCCACCAGCUACAAUCGAGUGCUGAUCAUUCCGCAGGCGAAGGUGGAGGACUCAGGGGAGUACAUCUGCACGGCCACCUCGGGCAAGGACGUGAUCAGCAAGUCGGUGGCGCUCUCCAUUCAGUCGCUGCCGGUCAUCCUCCAGGAGAUCGGCAACAAGGUGGAGGAGCGAAACCUGGAGACGCUGGUCUGGGAGUGCGAGGCCUUCGGCAUUCCCGCCGUGUACUACCAGUGGUUCAAGAACGGCAUUGAGAUCUCGGACAAGAGCAAGCUGUCGAUUGAGGACGCCAAUCGGUACGAGGUGAGCGGCAAGCGGCUGACCAUUCACGGCCUGCUGCCGGAACGCGACGAGGGCAUGUACCAGUGCAAGGCGACCAACGAGCUGGGCACCGCCUUCAGCAGCGGCCAGCUGCGCAUCGUCCAGAUAGCCACCUCCUUUCAGAAGUACCCCAUGCCGACGGAGCUGUACGCCGGCGAGGGCGGCAAUAUCACCCUUCCCUGCGUCCCGGAGGCGCUGCCCGUGCCCACCUUUGAGUGGCAGAAGGACUGGGUUCGCCUGAACACUGGCGGCGGCCGAGUUCGGCAGCUGGCCAACGGCUUCCUCAGCAUCUCGCCGGUGCAACGGAGCGACGAGGGCACCUACACCUGCACUGCCCGCAACUCACUGGGCCAGGACCGCACCAGCGGCCGCCUGCGCGUCUUCAGCCGUCCCCGACUGUACGUCCGCCCCAACCCGGUCUAUGAACGGCGCGUGGGCGAGUCGGUCAGUCUGCCCUGUAUGGCGGUGACUGACGCCAGUCUGGACGUCUCCUACAUCUGGCAGCACAACGGCCUCCGCCUGGACCUGGCGAAGGCGCCCCAGUACAGCAUGCGCAGCACCAUGGACGGCGACCUGACCAUUGUCAAUCUGACGCUGGCGGAGACGGGCGAGUACGAGUGCAUCGUCCAGACGACGGUCGGCUCGGUGGUGGCCAGCACCCGCAUUCAGCUGUACGCACAGCCGGGGGCGCCCGGGGCGGUGGUCGCCGACGACAUCACCGCCACUGAUGCCCGUCUCCAGUGGAGCGAUGGCUCCGACAAUGGCCGUCGUAUUAUUGGAUACCAAGUCGAGGGCAUCACCAAUCACUUCAACCAGUGGCACACCAUUCUCAACACCACCGAGUACGCGAAUCCCUAUGAGACAAAUCGAGAGACGAACCGCAAGAUGGUCCACCUCAAGGGCGUCCUCUCGCCCUGGUCCACCUACCGCUUCCGCGUGUCAGCCUUCAACGAACUGGGCGUCGGCCUGCCCUCUGAGGCGUCGCCCAGCUACAAUACGGACAAGGCGGUGCCCUUCAAGGCGCCCUCCGGUGUCGGCUACCUCAACGGCAAGGUGGGCACGCUGACCAUCACCUGGCAGCCGCUGCCACCUAAGGACUGGAACGCACCGGACAUCUACUACCGAGUGUUCUACAAGCCAGAGGAGAGCUACCAGCAGCCGUACAUUGACCACAACCUGACCAAGCAGGGCAACACCAACACCUUUGCGGUGAACGUCGGCGAGGAGAACUACUACAAGCGGUACCUCGUCAUGGUGCAGGCGAUGAACCAAGUGGGCGCCGGUCUGAAGAUCUCCGACCCGGUGGUCGCCUACUCCGCCGAGUCGAUGCCCCAGGUGGCGCCCACCAGCGUCUACGCCAUCGCGCACAACUCCACGGCGAUGAACGUCACCUGGCUGCCGAUUGACACCAAUCGAGAGAAGCUGCGCGGCCAGCUAAUUGGCCACCGCAUCAAGUACUGGAAGCUCAAUCAGGACCCGCAGCUGGACGCCUUGCAGCUUCUGAAGCGCGACCCGAACGAGCCCUGGGGCCUGAUCGUCGGCCUGCUGCCCGACACCGAGUACUACAUCGCCGUGAUGGCGUACAAUGAGGCCGGUGCCGGCCCGGAGAGCGAACCCUUCCUGGCGCGCACCUUCAAGGCCGCCCCCCAGCAGCACCCCACCUCCGUCAAUGUGACUGCGAUCGACGGGCGGUCGGUGCUGGUCACCUGGCGCGGCAUCAGCUCCCUGUCCGCCGCCGAGGAGCCCAUCAAGGGCUACAAGGUGCGCUACUGGGACGCCGACCAUCCCAUCACGCGCGCCAUUGAGGUGUACAAGUACCUGGACGGCGGCGCGCUGCAGACCAUCAUCUCCGAUCUGGUGCGCGGAAAGGCCUACAAACUGCGCGUUCUCGCCUUCAGCAAUGGCGGCGACGGAAAGAUGUCUGAACAGGUAAAGAAAUCCACAACCAAUAUUGCCACACUGCUUUUGUGUUAA